AUGACUGAGUUAAAAUUAGAUAAGAGCGAAUAUGACGCGUCUUACGAUCUUUCAAAAACUAUGUUUCGUUUAGUCGGCCUCCGAUUAACACACAAUGAUCCGCCAUUAGCAAGAUUGCUGUGGAACGCGUUUUACUUAUUCGAGGCUAUGAACGUGCUAUUAGCGAUGUUCCUAGAGCUGAUCAGAAUGAAGCAAACGGCUCGCGACGGUUCCUUUAUUGAACUUUUCACUAUGAUGCCUUGCGUUGGUUAUUUGUUGCUAUGUGCUGUGAAAUCAUACAAGAUUUUGUACUACCGACCCGUGUAUGAGAACUUGAUCAAUGAACUACGAGACAUGUGGCCUCAGGACGCGGUCACGAAAGAGGAGUACGAUAUAGUGCGUUUAGCACUUGUUAGAUUGAGACGAAAUAUCAAAGGCUACUAUUUCUGCACAUUGGCACUGUUCAUAUUACUAUCAGCGCCGCCAUUCACUGGCAUGAUAAAGCAGGCGAUGGGCCAGGAAGUACGGUUAACGCUGGCUUUCUCCUACUGGUUUCCUUUCGAUCCAUUCAUAAGAGGCCGCUUCGAAGUCAUAGCUGUUGUACAAACUUGGCACUGUUUCCUCGCGCUUGGUUUCAUGCUACCUACAGACGCGUUGUUCUGGGUAUUCCUGAGCCACAUUACAACUCAGUUCGAUUUGCUUGCUAUUAGAUUGAAGAAAAUGUUUUAUGUACCAUUGGAUGAACAACUUAUUAAGGAGUAUCCUCUUGCUCAAUACAGUUUGGAAUGUGAUACAGAUAAUGUAGAGUAUAAUAACAACGAUGAGUUGGUGAAAAUACAUCAAAAGAAAUUGGUCGACAUUAUUCUGAAACAUCGUGCCUUGAUCAGGAUGUCCGGCGUUGUGGAGAAUCAAUUUACGUUUUCACUUCUCAUAAAUUUCAUUAACAGCUCGAUUAUAAUCUGUUUCUGUGGAUUUUGUUGUAUGUUUGUAGAGAAAUGGAACGAAAUUACAUACAAAUUUUUCCUGACAACCGCCACUCUUCAGAUCUGGCUGGUUUGCUGGUAUGGACAGAAGCUUCUAGACUCCAGUCAAGGCAUUGCCGAUGCAGUUUAUUUCAGUGGCUGGUAUAACGUACCUCAUCGCGUAAAGAGUUUCUUAAUCAUUAUAUUUUACCGGGCCCAAAAAGAAGUGUACGUUACUACAUAUGGAUUUUCAGUUAUUUCUAUUGAAAGUUAUAGUACAAUUUUGAAAACAUCGUGGUCAUAUUUAAUGCUGCUGGUCAACGUAUUUCAGAAAUAAAUAACGUUUCGUUUUCUGAUA